CUUUUGGGUAGUUGAUGAUGCUGACAGUUAUCUUUAUUUUGCUUUUGUUUCCUGUAUUGUUUUUGCUAGUAGUCUGCGCUGUUCGUUUGCCAACCUCUUUCUCAUACAACAUGAGGGUCUUUGCAGAAAAACAAGGUUGUGCCAAGAUUUGCAACGACGCGUGCACCACCAGUAUCUGGUCGCACCCGUGUCGAUUCGCGUCGUUCCCCUUUUCCAUUCCAAAAUUCUUUAUAUGAACGAUGCAUAAUUUCCGCCUUCUGACAAACAGGAGCUUACGAUAUAUCGAGUCAGCAUACUCAUUUCUUCGUGUAAUGUUCCUCGAGAAGCAAUUUUAUCCUCCGGUUAGUGGUUAUUAUGAAGCUUUAUGCAUGGAUGAUAUCAAUGCUUUGAUCCAAUCCUCAUGUAUUUAUUAGAGAUUCU